AUGGCAUCUGAAUCUCGACAGUUACUGAGUCAAGUGGAUUUUCAGGCUACCUAUGUCGGACUCAAUGCGGAUCUAUGCUGGAUAUAUUUGGAAAACCGGCCAAAUCUUGGGGUUCAACCAACUGAACGGCUGUGGGCAUCCAACUGCCGCACAAGUUCAGGCCGAUGGAAGAAAAGAGCAGCGAAAUUGAAUGAAACCCAAAAGCAAGAAAUUAAAGAGGGCUUUGAUUUAUUCGAUGUUGUUGGGUCUGGAACCAGAGAUGUGAAAGGAUUGAAGAUUGCAAUGUGGGCCUUAGGAUUUGAACCAAAGAAAGAAGAAAUUUAAAAAAUGGUAGCUGAAACUGACAAAGAAGGAAUCGGCACCAUUAGUUUUGAAGAUUUUUUGGCCAUAAUGAAUGUAAAAAUGAGUGAAAAAGAUGAAAAAGAAGAAAUAUUGAAGGCUUUCAAAUUAUUUGAUGAUGAUAAUACAGGAAGUAUAUCACUAAACAAUAUCAAGGGGGUUGCUAAGGAACUAGGGGAAAAUUUGACAGAUGAUGAACUUCAGGAAGUGCUUGAUGAAGCUGAUCAUGAUGGGGAUGGAGAAAUAAAUGAGGAAGAAUUUUUGAGAAUGAUGCAAAAGACCACUCUUUAUUAAUACUGUUUUUUGUUCCUUCUGGCAAGUUGUUAACAAGUUUGUAUUUAAGUUCCAUAAUAUCUGUAUGUAUUCAUUUUCAGUGUUUAGUUUAUGUACACAAACUGGCCUUCUGAUAUCUAGUCCAUGUGAGAAGUUACCUGUUUCUACCAAUAUGUUGUUAAAUCUGUAGCAUCAAGAAACAAAGGAAAUGUAGUGACUUCCUUGAACCAUGAAUCUGAGAACAGUAUUAAUUCCAAGUGCUAUUUUUAGAGCCCCAGGGUCCAAAGACUUAGAUUUUUUUUUUUAAUUUAAGGAAAUCAGCCCCACAUCAAAUGAAUUUGACAAGCAAGCCAUUACUUUCCCUGUUACUUUCCUUUUGUGCAACUCUAUAAAUGCUGAACAUUUGCUUUUUUACCAAUUAUUCAGAUACAUAAAGCCUUAAAUAAAACUAUCUGGCAACUUCA